AUGAGAAACCCUUUGCCUACUAUUGGAGUACUUAUAACCAAGAUACAGUAUGACAAGAAGGUUGUGGAGACUAAUAUUCAUGUUGUAGAUGGCAGCACAGGUAACCUUUUAGGCUACAGAGCAGCUGAAGAUCUAGGCAUUAUACAUGUAGCACAGAGUGUGACAUCUAAGAUGCAGACGAUAGCCGGGAAGUUUCCGAACAUCUUCAAGGGUAUGGGCAAAGCGGAAAACAUACAGGUGAAGUUAUACAUCGACGAGAAUGUGGAGCCAAAGCAACAACCACAUCGACGUAUUCCAUUCCACGUAAGGAAAGCUGUCGAGAAGGAACUGGACAAACUCAAAGAAAUGGACGUUAUCGAGAAAGUUAGCGGUUCAACGCCAUGGGUCAGCCUUAUUGUGGUGGUACCAAAGAAGAACAAUGAGGUUCGGAUAUGUGUGGACAUGAGGAAAGCGAAUGAAGCCGUAAAACGCACAAAAC